GGGGUCGAGGCUGCUCCACCGCCCAAUCGAGAGUUAGGGGCGGGGCUGCGUUUGCGCGUCUCCAGAGCGCUGGAGGCCAGUUUUGCAAGCUUGUUCUCGAAACUUGCUUGUUUCUCGUUGUGUGAGGGUUUCCUCUCGCUGGUCCGGAGUCAGGAGUCUGAGUUUGGUAUCACAGAAAAAUUCUGGCUUCAGGCAGGAGAUGAGAGAGAUGCAGGUUUGAUCCCUGAGUCAAGAAGAUGUCCUGGAGUAGGAAAUGGCAACCCUCUCUAGUAUUCUUGCCUGGAAAAUCCCAUGGACAGAGGAGCCUGGCAGGCUAUACCCCUUGGGGUCCCAAAGAGUUGGACACGACUGAACAAUCACCUUUACCUCAUACAUCAUUUAUAUGUUUCUUCCUCUAUAUUAGUUUUUCUUUUUUAAAUUAAAGAUCUGGAAUAGAUAUGCGUGAUUUCAGUGAAGAAUUGAUAAGACCCACGACAGAGGAUGAACAGGGAGAACCGUGUGUGCGCUCUGGUUCAGGAAUGUGUUUCCCUUGGCUCCAGAAGCAUAUAGAAUCCAUAGCCUCUGGAGGAAAACAGGAGAAAGAUUUUGCUCAGACAACAAGCGCUUGUUUAAAUUUUAUCCAAGAAGCUCUGCUGAAGCACCAGUGGCAGCGAGCUGCAGAAUACAUGCACAGUUACCUUCAGGUUUUGGAAGAUACGGAUAGCAACAAAAGGCAGGGUGCACCCGAGAUUGUUUGGAGGCUUGGAAGUGAAAUUCUUUAUUAUCAUCCCAAAAGCAACGUGGAGACUUUCAAUACCUUUGCCGACCGGAUGAAAAAUAUUGGCAUCACGAAUUACUUGAAGAUUUCCUUACAACAUGCAUUAUACCUUCUGCAUCAUGGAUUGCUUGAAGAUGCGAACAGAAUUCUCACCCAGGCAGAGACAUGGCGAUAUGGUGAAAAGUCAUCUUCCCAGGAAGUGUUAGUCAACCUUAUUCAGGCCUAUAAAGGUCUUUUGCAGUAUUAUUCUUGGUAUAAAAAGAAGAUGGAAUUGUCUAAACUCGAUAAAGAUGAUUAUGCUUACAACACAGCAUCCCAGAGUAUGCUUAAUCACAGCUGGAAGACGUCUAUAAACCUUUGCACAUUGAUUCAAAUUCCUGGAGUUUGGGACCCUUUUGUGAAGAGUUAUAUAGAGAUGCUGGAAUUCUACGGGGAUCAAGAUGGCGCCCGAGAGGUGCUUAACAAUUACGCCUAUGAUGAAAAGUUCCCAUCAAAUCCAAACGCUCAUGUCUACUUAUACAACUUUCUAAAGAGAGAGAAGGCACCAAGAGAGAAACUGAUAAGUGUGCUUAAGAUUUUGUAUCAGAUUGUACCAUCUCAUAAACUGAUGUUAGAAUUCCAUAGGUUACUGCGAAAAUCAGACAAGGAAGAACACCAUAAACUGGGAUUGGAGGUGUUAUUUGGAAUUUUAGAUUUUGCUGGAUGCACUAAAAAUAUAACUGCUUGGAAAUACUUGGCAAAAUAUCUCAAACAGACUCUAAUGGGGAGUCAUCUUGCCUGGGUUCAAGAAGAGUGGAACUCCAGGAAAAGCUGGUGGCCAAGCUUUCACUUCAGCUACUUUUGGGCAAAAAGCAAUUGGAAGGAUGAUAAAACUUUGGCUUGUGAGAAAGCUUUGGUAGCUGGGUUAUUGUUAGGAAAAGGUUGUAAAUAUUUUCGGUAUAUUUCAAAGCAAGAUCAUCAAGUGUUAAAGAAGAAAAUGAAGCAGAUGAAGAAAUCAGUGAAAAAAUACAGCAUUGUAAAUUCAGGACUCUGAUACUGAAUUUUAGUUAUUUCAGAUUAGUAGCUACAGAGUAGUAAUUCAGUGAUAGUUUUAAGUGUAUUUUAUUUGGUAUUUUAAGGAAGUAGUUUAUUUGACUACAAAAAGUUUAUUUGUAUAUUUUUUAUAUAUUUUUUUACUAACAGUUAUAGCUAGAGGAAGAGUCUCAUUUGUUCUUUGUAAAUACAUUUUUCCCUUUUGUACUGUUAAAUGUAACAUUAAGGAAUAAUCUUCAAAUAAAAAUAUAUUUGUUUAAUC